AUGCACGGAGCUGAACUUGCGGGUAAUAACGGGUCUUGCCGGCCUGAAUGGCUGAGCUGGGCUGAAUGGGCUGCUGUGCCUGAAUGGGCUGCUGUGCCUGAAUGGGCUGCUGUGCCUGAAUGGGCUGCUGUGCCUGAAUGGGCUGCUGUGCCUGAAUGGGCUGCUGUGCCUGAAUGGGCUGCUGUGCCUGAAUGGGCUGCUGUGCCUGAAUGGGCUGCUGUGCCUGAAUGGGCUGCUGUGCCUGAAUGGGCUGCUGUGCCUGAAUGGGCUGCUGUGCCUGAAUGGGCUGCUGUGCCUGAAUGGGCUGCUGUGCCUGAAUGGGCUGCUGUGCCUGAAUGGGCUGCUGUGCCUGAAUGGGCUGCUGUGCCUGAAUGGGCUGCUGUGCCUGAAUGGGCUGCUGUGCCUGAAUGGGCUGCUGUGCCUGAAUGGGCUGCUGUGCCUGAAUGGGCUGCUGUGCCUGAAUGGGCUGCUGUGCCUGAAUGGGCUGCUGUGCCUGAAUGGGCUGCUGUGCCUGAAUGGGCUGCUGUGCCUGAAUGGGCUGCUGUGCCUGAAUGGGCUGCUGUGCCUGAAUGGCCUGCUGUGCCUGAAUGGCCUGCUGUGCCUGAAUGGCCUGCUGUGCCUGAAUGGCCUGCUGUGCCUGAAUGGCCUGCUGUGCCUGAAUGGCCUGCUGUGCCUGAAUGGCCUGCUGUGCCUGAAUGGCCUGCUGUGCCUGAAUGGCCUGCUGUGCCUGAAUGGCCUGCUGUGCCUGAAUGGCCUGCUGUGCCUGAAUGGCCUGGCUGGGCUGCUGGGCGUGAAUGGCUGAUCUGGGCUGAAUGGCUGAGCUGGGCGGGUAAUGAUGAUCCUGAAUGCCCUGAUGACUGCACCGGCCGUUCUGGCGCGGCUAAGUGGUGCCUGCCUGGUUCAUCACUCCGCCGAUACAUUGGACUGGUGGAUCGAACUUGGGAUCGAAACGUAGUCGAUUCGCUAUCACUGCGCUGGCCACUGGCCUCCGACUCGCUCGAUAAUGGCCUCGGUCCUUGGGCAUCGUGGCUGGCCUCAAUUGAACCGUACUGGAUAUCUUCCAUGGGCUCCGACCUAUAUGUUGGGGCUGGGCCCUGGGCUGGGCUGUUUCUCUCACUGGCCAUCUCACUGGCCAUCUCACUGCCCCUAUCACUGCCCCUACCACUGCCCCCACCACUGCCCCCCUCAACAGCCAGCUCUUCUUCGUUAGCUAGCCACUCCGGAUCACAGCCAUCACAACGUUGUUCCAUAGCUUCAGAAUCCCCGCAAUACUGCCUUUGA